AUGAAGCUAAUUUUAUGCUUAACCACCCUUGUGGCAGCAGUCAUGGCAGAAUCAGAAUUGGGAAAGGUGUUAAAGGCUGGAAAUGACCAGUUUACAGCCAAAAUGUUUCAGGAAGUGGUGAAGAUUGAGAAAGGCAAAAGCAGUGUGCUAUCAGCCUUUUCGGUCCUGACUCCCCUUGCGCAACUAGCUUUAGCCUCGGUUGGUGAAUCACACGAUGAACUCCUAAGAGUCAUUGGCUUCCCAAACGAUGACACGACCAAGGAAGUAUUUACAGAGGUAAACAAUCGACUGAAAAAUGUAAAGGGGGUUGAAUUGAAACAAGCCAAUAAACUAUACAUUGCAGAAAAUGUGGCCCUAAAUGAUAAUUUUGCUGCUGUCUCAAAAUCUGUGUUUGAUUCAGAAUUUAAGAAUAUUAAGUUCUCCGAUAGUGUAGCGGCUGCUAAUGAAAUCAACGCUUGGGUUGAAGACCACACAAAUAAACGUAUUAAAAACUUGGUGGAUGAAAAUUCUAUUACUCCAAAUACUGUGGCUGUUCUCGUCAACGCUAUUUACUUCAAGGGAAAAUGGCAAAAUAAAUUCGAUAAGGACCGUACUGAGGACCGUGAUUUUCAUGUGACUAAAGACAAGACUGUAACUGUAAAGAUGAUGAAUAAACUCGCCGAUUUCAAAUACGGUGAAAGUCAAGAAUUGGAUGCCCAGCUCGUAGAAUUGCCGUAUGAAGGAAAUGAUACAUCCCUUGUUGUGAUCCUCCCAAAAAAAGUUGAUGGAAUCGAUGACCUCAUUCAGAAACUCUCUGAUUAUGCAGCUUUAAAUAAGGCGUUAGACAAUAUGUAUGAACAAGAAGUAGAUGUAUCCCUCCCUAGAUUUAAAAUUGAGACUACAACAAAUCUCAAGAAAGUAUUAGAAAAUAUGAACAUUAAGAAGUUAUUUACUCCUGGAGAAGCCCAAUUAUCCAAUCUGUUGAAAUCAGGAGACUUGUAUGUAUCUGAUGCCGUUCAGAAAGCUUUUAUUGAGGUCAAUGAGGAAGGUGCGGAGGCAGCGGCCGCUAACAGUUUCAUUUUGUAUGCGGAAAGUAUUCAACAACCGCGUUCUUUCAAUGCAAACCAUCCCUUUCUGUUUUUCCUAAUGGAGAAAAGAAACACUAUAUUUAAUGGAGUGUUUAAAAAUUAG